CCUCCUUCCUGUGUUACGCCACGCAUGUCUUGUUUGUUGAACUUCGUCGAGAGACGUAAAACUAAGGAGGAGUGAUUAGAUGAUGACACCCGUUUUAGCGAACCGGCUUUUCCUGCCUUUCAGACUGCUUCAGCCACUUCUUUCUGCCUCUCGGGGUGUUGCAUUUGACGUUAAUGAAAUGGAGAACGACUGGCUGGUUUAAGGAGCUGCCGACAAGCGCUACGUUCACCCACCCAAUGCACCUUUUUGCAUUGAAGCGGAAGUAAGCAGGUCAAACCGUUUACACCAGAAGAAGCUAAAGAAAUUGUGAUGACUCUUCAAAAACCGGCAGUCUUCAGCAACAUGACUUUCGAUUGGCCGGUACUUCAUUGGAAUGUUACACAUCUGGCUAGUCUAUUGGCUGGAAAGAAAAUACUUUUUAGAAUAGGAAGGAAGGACACAGCUCCUCUCUUUGAAACCGAGUGUACGUAUGCAGAGGCUACGCUUGAUGAUUUUCUGGCCUGGAGUGGAGGACAGCAACCUUGCCCUUCUGGACCAUUCAGGAGUUAUGAUUUGUGUAAAUACUGGAUGUAUGCUGACUAUAAGUACAUUGCUAGGCUAUUUGAAGACAAGCCAGAGCAUUUUCAGGACAUUAGAUGGUCUGACUUUGGAUUUCCUGGAAGAAAUGGAAGGGAGAGCACUCUGUGGAUUGGCUCCACAGGAGCAAACACACCAUGUCAUUUGGACUCCUAUGGCUGCAACUUAGUGUUGCAAGUGCAAGGCAGGAAAAGGUGGCAUCUGUACCCACCCGAAGACUCCAGGCUACUUUAUCCUACCAGAAUUCCAUAUGAAGAAUCUAGUGUAUUCAGCAAAGUCAAUGUGCUUAAUCCAAAUCUGAGGCAAUAUCCGUUGUUUAAAAAAGCCCGAGCCCAUGUGAUUACACUUGAUCCUGGCCAGGUCUUGUUGGUUCCUAGACACUGGUGGCAUUAUGUUGAAUCCACUGACCCCAUCACCGUUAGCGUUAAUUCUUGGAUUGAACUGGAUGCAGAUCAUGAAGCCCGCAUAGAAGAGGCAAUAACUCGAAUGAUGAUAUGUGCAAUCAAGUCUGCAGAAAACCCCAGUGCCACAGAUUCUUGGCUCAACCCCACAGAGGUUGAGGUAACAUCCCAUGAUACCAACCUUGAAUAUUUAAACAAAGCAGUGUCCACCUAUUUAGAACAUCAGAAGACUAGUACAAUUAAAAACCAGGUCCCUCAAAUCCACAGUACUGAUGGAAUUCUUCAAGGGUCAUACAAGAGGAGGAAAGUACAGAGCAACACAGAAUCUGAGUGCAUAAAACCUAAACCCUGUGACUUUAACGUAACAGCAAUUGAAACAGAAAACUUGACAACAAUUCCCUUUGGACAGAGCCUUUUUCAGGUUUUACCGCAAUCCCAGGAAAUUUGUCCAACUGGAGGAGCUGAACGUGACUAUAAAGAUCUUUUCAGUGAAAGUGAGAGACAUUUUGAAAAAUUACACCCUGCUGGGAAGACCUCUGUGACGACUAGUAAUUCUGGAGCACUUGUGGAGGAUCUAGAAUGCAUGACCACCUCCCCGCAAACUGUCCUUUCUACAAAUGAUUUGCUAGAUUGUGCAUUGGACCCACAAGUUGUGGGUGUAAUAGCUCGUCUUUUAUUGGAGAAAGUGAAUGUUUAAAAGCUGUUGAAAUAAAAAAGCAAUGACGAAAUA